CCCGAAACGGAGCUUAUAAUUACGCUCGACUCAACGCAAAAACAAAUAAAACAAAUAACGAAAAUAAAUAACAAAAAUAAGUAAAUAACCAAAAAGAACGAGUCCUACGUCGAAACUACUUCGGGGUGUAGUCCCCGAACCUGACCGGCUGCCGGAGUUGCCUCUUGGCCUUUGACUUCGCGAUGGACGGUUGGGGGUCCGGUCUAACUUCUACCUCUUCCGUCCGUCCUGCCUCCGGUUGCUGAUCUACUGCCACCGGCUGGUCCUGUGGCAGUGGGAGCGUAUCAAUGGUUUUCUUCACUUUUAUAUAAUUGUUGGAGAAUUGAGCGAUUUCUUGGAGACGUAUUGAAUUAAUGAUUGGGGAAUUGUUGAAUUAAUUGUUGUGUUGGUGUAAUUGCUGGAGAAUUGAAGGAUUUCUUCCAGCUUUUGAGCUUUCAGUUCAAUGUGUGACUUUGGGGAGAGUUUGUAAUUUGUAAUUGCUGGAGAAUUUUGAUUGCUGCUUUGUUCUCUUUACUUGCUUUUGCUUCCUUUUCGAAUAUUGCAAAGAUUCACGUCGUUUUUUGGGGUGAUCGUGGCCUGAAAUUUUGUCGCUUAGGGCUGGAAAAUGAGAAUGAUGAUAAGAAUAAAGUGUUAGGGUUAUUGGGUGAGAAGAAAAUGAAAAGGUCAAGAUAAAUCCAUUUUGCCAAGUAGGAUUUAAAAAAGCCACGUAUGUCAGUCGGAUUUUGUGAUGGAUGACGAGGCGGUGAAGAGGUGUGUGGCGAUAUACUGGGCCAUGAUAGGCUGCGUCUGCAGCUUCCUCUUCCCGCUCUACCUAGGGCAGGACGACUGGGCAGCCACUGGUGAUAUCAGCUGGUCAUGAUGCUUGUCAGCUGCACUGCUGCAGCUGGGGCUUAUCUUGAGGGAUAUGCACGCAGGCCCCGUGGCAGGACCAUUCCUGCUCCUAUAGUGCUGGCAGGGGCGUUCGUCAUCAGCGUCUCAGGGAGGGCCAGCUCUGGUAUGAUUGUGGCCGGUUACCCCUCGCCCAACACUGUGGGGCUGGUGCUGCUGUCUGUAGCUGCUUACGUGCUGCUGGAGAUGGCGAAGCCUGGCCUUCGAAUCUACAGGAUCUUCUCCUUCUAUUGGGCUUAUCUCCCCGUUAUCACGGGUAUUCUUCACGACGGUUGGGAUUAUCCCUACCUUACCCAUCCCGCGAUGCUCGCUCUGCCCGCGAUCUUUCAAAUCGUAGCCUUCAAGAUGAUGGUUGCUAUGCUUGAAGCAUUAGCUAAGUAAUGUAGUUGUAGAUCUUGACUCUUGAAUCUUGUUAAGGAAUUAGAAAGUAUAUAUGAUGCUAGCCAGGUCUAGAGACCCUUUGUUUUGCUUAGCAUUUGAGGAUUUUGGUAAUAUUUACGUAUCUCGACUUUU